CUUUUCUUUUCUUUCAUCCAAUGCUUCUCUGCAGGAAAUGAAUGCAGCUGAAUCAAUUGAAGCCAAACAAAUGCAGAUGUCUUCCGACCAGCCAAAUGAUUUGAAGGCGAUAGAAGAUAUCAAUGCCAAUGAAGGUUUAGCUGAUGCUGUUGAGGCUUCUGUCCAAUUGUCUCAAUCAGUGGUAUCUGAUACAGAUGAUAAGACGUGUUAUGAGUCAAAGCCACAGGAGGCAGAGAGAAAAUUUUCAGUUGUGGAGUCUAAGUUACUUGAGGCAGAGAAUCAAGCCACAGAAAAUGUUCCCAACAAAGAGGAACUACAGUAACUUGGACUCCACAACUGAGUUGAAAUUGGCCUUUUCCGAAGAUAAAGAGCAUGAGCAACAUGAUAAGGCGGAGCAGGACAAACAGAGAAUCUCCACUGAACUUUCACCUAAUGCACCUACAUUGGAAUUGAAAGCUGUUUCGUCUAAUGAAAUAGAUGUUGGUCGUCAAAUGGAGCUUUCUGACUCAUCCAAAGCUGAGGAAGAGAUGGAAGAUGUGCAUGUGGUGUCUUUGGCAAAAGAUUUACCUGCAUCAGACAACCCUGAACUGCUUAAAGAUUUUAAAGACUACAAUAAACACAAAUCUAGUUUUCCAUUGGAUCUAGUCUCUUCUGAAGAAAUUUGCUCUGUCAAAGAUGACAUUGUUGCUGCAUCAGAGGUGACUCAGUCUUUUGUGGGCACUGGCAGGUCUGAUGGAAGCAUAUCCUCAGUAGCUUUGGAUGUUUCAGGGGAUCAGGUUACUGAAGAAAAGGUGGCGGUAACAGAUUCAAGCGGAUUAUCAUCCAAUCCGAAUACCUUCGAGUGUGGAGUGUGGAGUAUUCUGAACUCCAAUGGUCUUCAAGAACCUGAAGACACUUCAAAGAAUUCUCUUUCAGAUGCCAAGCAAUCAACAGAAGUUGAUGAUCCUGUAAUUGAAAGAACAGAAGAAACAAGUUUUACCAUGGAAGAGGUGAACAAGGGUGGAUAUCCAGAAAAUGAGCUUCUUGCUAACAAUGAAACAACCCCUGUAGCCAUUUCUUGUUUAUCUGAAGCUAUUCAAACUACGGUCACUCUUGGAGGAAGUGACCAUGGCGAACAUGAAAAGGUUGGAACCGAAUGCCCAAUUGGAGCUGGGGGUGAAACUGAGAAAGAAAGGACCGAGGAAAAGCUGGCAGGAGUUUCUGAAGGUGAUAAAACUAUCUGCCCAGUUGGAGGACAUAAUGACCUUGCUAUAGUUACAGACACAACUGUGCAUGAAAGCAGGAAAGACAUUUUUCAUGAAGCCUCUGAAAAUGCGUCAAUUAGCAAUGAUGCCAAAGCAUUGGAGUCUGCAAGUGCAACUGGAUUGGAUUCCAAAGUAAUCAGUGAUUGUGACGUGAAAGAUCCCGCUGGUUUGAACAGUCGUGUUGUUGAUACUGAUUUGAACAAUCGUGUUGUUGAUACUGAUUUGAACAAUUCUGUUGGUGAUACUGAUUUGAACAAUCAUGUUGUCGAUACUGAUUUGAACAAUCGUGUUGUCGAUAACUCCCCUGCAGGAGAUGUCCUUAAAAGUGCCACUGGUGUCAUUUCAUCAGCCUCACAGAAUGAGGGUGAUGACAAGCUCAUAAAACAGAACGAAACUGUUUCUGCAAUGGAUACACCAAUUUCAUCGAGUAGCAGAGCUGAUAGCUUGGAUGCCAACUGGGGUUCUAUAUCAGUUCUUUCUACCCAGUCCGAGUCGACAGCCAUUCUUGAUGCCGAAACAACUGAUACUCAAAGACUCGAGAAGUCGGAGCAUGACUUGCAGAAACCAACUUCUGGAUCUGAGGAGUGCCAUCCUGACAAGUCGGAUGUUUAUGAGCCUGCGUCUUUCAUGACAUUGGUUGAAUCGGGUGAAAGUAGUGCUAACAAGAAAGCCACUGCUUCUGAGAUCGAAACACAGCUGAACGCUCAACAGCCAAAAACAGAAUCUCUUAAAGCAGGGUGGUUCCCUUCUAUUACCAAUGUGGUGAAUGAAUCUCAAGGGAGAAAGAAGAAUGAGGAGAUAAUUGCAAAAGUCGCAAACUGGACCACAGGGAAGCAGCAACACACUCCCUUGAAAAGUCUACUUGGUGAAGCCAGAUCUCCAAACGUUAAACAAGUUCCACCAUCAACUAACAAGAAAGAUGAAACUGCAAGUACUAAGACAACGACUGUGAACUCGAUUCUGAGCUCAGAGGCACCAACUGCUGUAAGUAAAGAGGCGGAGAAAGAAUGGAAUUCUCCCGCGAGGUAUCCUGUUGACAUCAAGAAGGAAAAGAGGAAGACGAAACCAUAUUGGGUACUAUUUGUUUGCUGCUCUUCAGUACAUCAAGACUCUUAGUUCCUUUGUUGCGUGAAUUCGACUAUAUAUAUAUAU